AUAAAGAGUGAACAUGAAAAAGAAAGCUGAAACAUCAUAAAAAAGCGUACGUUACUAGCAAAUUGUACAAUAAAUAUAAAUUUUAAGAAUUUCAGCAACACACAACAAUAAAGCUUUCGCACGGGCGUUUGUUUGGGUUUUCAACUGUCAAAAUUUUACUUUACAGCAAAAUUCCAUUUAUUUAUACUGCACCAUAGGAAAUUUUUCCACCCCGUCUCACUGAGGAGAAAAAAGUUACCUAUUGGCACAGGCCCUAAAAUAAAAUUGGAAGACUGGCCACACUAUAGCCUUAUUUGGUGGUUGGUAAUACAAGAUCAUCAGCUGAUUGUUUUGUACUAAAUUGACUUAUUCAUACGAAAGAAUUAAACAAAUAAAUCCGAGUUUAAAACAAAAUGUUUAUUGUGGCCAUAACUGGGGGAAUAGCUACAGGCAAGAGCACGGUGAGCCAGGUCUUCCUAGAUAAUGGUAUACCAGUUGUUGAUGCCGACAAAAUAGCCAGGGAAAUUGUGCAACCUGGAACAACGUGUUGGCACAAAAUACGACAAGUGUUCGGCGAUGAAAUUCUUAUGCCAACUAAAGAAAUCAAUCGUGAAGCCUUGGGGAAGGCCAUUUUUGGCGACAAACAAUUACGCGGCAAAUUAAAUCAAAUUACACAUCCGGUAAUUCAUCGCACAAUUUUCCUGCAGGUAUUUAAGCAUUUCAUGAGUGGGCGUUCUUGGAUUGUGCUGGAUUUGCCGUUGCUCUUCGAGACCGGCAUACUUAUGGAAUUUAUCUAUAAGAUUAUUACUGUGUCUUGUGACUCUGAAACGCAAUUAAAUCGUCUUAUGCAACGUAAUGAAUAUUCAAUGGAGGAUGCUAAAACGCGCAUUCAGUCACAAAUGCCAUUAGAUAAGAAAUGUGAACAGUCGAAUUUUGUCAUUGAUAAUUCCGGUAGUAUUGAAGAAACAAAGGAAUCAGCUUUGCGCAUUGUGAGACUAAUGAACGAUUCCAAACAUCAUUGGCGUAAUCGCGUCACAUUGUUGGGCAUAGUUUUAGGCUUUGGAUUGGUGUUAUAUUAUUUGAACCGGAUUUUUAAUGUCUUCCCUAGUUCGGGUACACAAAUCGAAUAGUUUCAAAAAAUAUAUAUACUUAUAUAUAAAAUACAAAAGUAAAAUACCACUUAGUUUAAGACUGCUUUAACGGAUAAGCAUAUUAAUAAAUUUCGAAGAACAAUUGACACACUUAGUAUAUGCACCUCUUAAGAGUACAUAUCGUCGUUUAAAGUACAAAACCGCGUAUCGUGGUUCUGCGAAACCUCGUAACUGACAUUUGUACCAAAAAUGAGAUUUGCUCACUAGAAGUUUCUAACAACAAGUCGUAUUCAUUCAUACCAAAAUAUCGAUAUUUAGACAUAAGAGGUAGAGAUACUAAAAUUGAAAAUGCACAAUACCAGCUUGCUGGUACCAUCAAAUGAUUGCACUAUCAAGCUCGAAGCAUAUAACAUACCAGCCUCUUAACAAAUGAGGUUCGGAAAAGAUCGAAAUGAGUACCAUUUUGUUAAACAUUGGGGUUUUUAAUUCACAAGUGGUUAUUGCAAAUUUAAAUCUACCACAAACAUGGCUCGACUCAUACAGUGCAAGAGAUUUCUGCCAAAAUACUUUUUACUUAAAAAAUAGCUAAUUUCACCAUUCACAUCAGCAAUCAUAAAAAUAUCAAAUCGUUUUUGAUGUCGCUGGCACAAUCACACCACAGAAACAUGGAGGUCAACCGGCUGGCACCAACACUUGAUGGCGCCAGCAUGCUGGUAUCAUGUAUGGGCCCUUUUACUCUAUCUUGUAAAAUUUUCGCAACCGCACAUACGUUUUUGCUUUCUCUUGAUACGCGGAUUUGUACUUUAAACAACGAUAUUGUUCAUCAUAACCAAAUAAUAGUUUGCACUAUUCAAAUUUUUAAUUUAGUCAGAGAUUUAAUAGUAACGGAAGGAAUUAUACUUAAUGUACGUGUGUAUAUUCAAACACAUCAUAGCAACUAACUACUGAAUGGCCUACUACAUUUUCUAUGAAAAAACCUCGCUUACGAAAAUCUUCGUUAACUGAAUAGAACUGUUUGUCACUGUUUAAGACGCAAUAACGCUUUUUAUUCCACACAAUAUACUAUUAAAAUGACUGUGGCUAAUGUGUUGAUAGCAGCUUUGUACAUUCCAUUCCUUUUUAUAACACUUAAAUUACUUUUUUUUUAAUAUUUACCUUUUAAGCUACAUAUAUACAUAAGUAUGCCGAUUUUUAUGAUUAAACUAAUGUGUUCACACCUUUAAUUAUUAUUUAGAUAUUUGCUUUCAUAUGAGGCUAUGAAAACCGGAGUAACCUAUCAACAAACAUUAAAGAGCCGUAUGCAUAAAAACUAAUCAAUUGCUUUUUCUUUAAAUUGUUGUCCUUUCACUUAAAUUUGUUUGAACAAAUUGAGUAAAAGGUCUGAAGUUUGAAGAAAAAACAUUUGCUUAGGUUUUAUGCAUAUGGCCCAUUGUCAGGGCAUAGAACUAACCAUGAUAAAAUAUCAUGAAACUAACGAUAACACUUCAUUGCAGCUAUCGCUUGCUACAUAUCUACAUAUUAGGCCAUGAGAAAGCAACAGGCGUUACUCUGGUUAUUACUAUUAUUUUCAGUGUAGUUUAUUGUUGGAAAAUUGAUUACAAAAUAUAAAUAGAUCACUUAAUAACCUUUAAACCGUAAAUACCUACAAUAUUGAAUAUAAAUAAUCGCUAAAAUCAUGUUCGACUAAUCAAAAUAAAUGCAAGCACAUUCAAUGAUAUGCGCAAGUAGAAAUAACGGUACACACAUUUAUUUUGUCGACGAAAUGCCGUCGCGCUUUUGGAAUUCUAUUCCAGCUGCUACUUGCUGCAGCUUAAACAAGGGCAACUUUAGGAAUGUUCUAUUUUCGUACUUUCGAGAAUAACUUUUUGUGCUCUGGUUUCGCUAUCUGCUAGGAAUAUCAUGUGUGUGUUUAUGAUUCUACACAUGUUUACGCUUGUUAUCUUUGGCAUCUCAUUUCGGUAACGA